AUGCACUAUGACGUUGUGAUCGUCGGUGCCGGCCCUGCCGGUUUGGCUGCCGGUAUUCGCCUUAAACAGCUUGCCAACGAAAAAGGUCGUGAAUUCUCCGUCUGCGUUCUCGAAAAGGGUGCUGAGGUCGGCGCUCACAUUCUCAGUGGCAACGUUUUUGAGCCCCGCGCCCUUGACAACCUCAUCCCCAACUGGAAGGAGCUUGAUGCCCCCGUGACCACCAAGGUGACGGAGGACCACUUUCUCGUUCUGCCCAACGACAAGUCCAGCUUUGAGCUUCCCAACAUUGCCCUGCCCCCGGAACUGCACAACAAUGGCAACUACGUCAUUAGCCUCUCACGUCUCGCCCGUUGGCUGGCCGAGCAAGCCGAGGAGCUUGGCGUCGAAAUUUUCCCCGGCUUUAGCGCCUCAGAGGUUCUGUACGAUGAUGCUGGUGCCGUGCGCGGUGUAGCCACUCGUGACGUCGGCAUUGACAAGGAUGGCAGCCUCAAACCCACGUUUGCCCGUGGCAUUGAGCUCAUUGCCCGCCAGACCCUUUUUGCCGAGGGCUGCCGCGGCUCUUGCAGCGAGGCCGUCAUGAAAAAAUUCAAUCUUCGGGAUGGCGUCGAGCCUCAGGCCUACGGCAUUGGUCUCAAGGAGGUCUGGGAAGUUCCUGAAGAAAACUUCCAUGCCGGCUAUGUUCAGCAUACCCUUGGCUGGCCCCUGCAACACAGCCCCCUGGACAAGACCUUUGGUGGCUCCUUUCUCUACCAUAUGGAACCCAACCUCGUGCUCGUCGGCUUUGUCGUCGGCCUCGACUAUGCCAACCCCUACCUGAACCCUUACAUGGAGUUCCAGCGCUGGAAGCAUCACCCCGCGGUAGCCCGCCACCUGCAGGGUGGUGAAUGCAUCUCCUAUGGUGCGCGUUGCUUGAAUGAGGGUGGCUACAACGCCAUUCCCAAGCUGUCAUUCCCCGGCGGUGCGCUCCUGGGCUGCAGUGCCGGCUUCCUCAACUCGGUCAAGAUCAAGGGCUCACACACGGCCCUGGCCUCGGGCCAAAUUGCGGCCGAGGCCGUUUUCGACCGACUGGCAGCCUCCAACGCGGCACCCGCCGGAGAGACAGGUGAGAUUGAUGAAAGCGAGGCCCGUUUCGAGGCCACGGAGUACCAACAUAACAUGGAAAACUCGUGGAUCUUUGAUGAGCUCUUCCGCGUGCGCAACGUCCACAAUGCCUUCCACUACGGCCUGGCUCCAGGCAUCAUGCAUGCGGGUUUGGCCACCAUCCUCACCAAGGGUAAGGAGCCCUGGACCCUCACCAACGACUCGCCCGACAGCGCCAAGACGGGCCUGGCCGCGGAUCACCAGCCCAUCGAGUACCCCAAGCCCGAUGGCGUUCUCAGCUUUGAUCUUCUCAGCAACCUGUCGCGCUCGGGCACCAACCACGAGGAUCAGCCCUCGCAUCUUCGCAUCAAGCCCGACUUGAAGGAUAUCCCCAACAACGUCUCUUACCCCGAGUAUGCUGGUCCUGAACAGCGCUUCUGCCCCGCCCGUGUGUACGAGUACACGGACGGCUCCGAGUCUGCCGACGGCAAGCCCCAGCUGGUCAUCAACGCCCAGAACUGCGUCCACUGCAAGUGCUGCAGCAUCAAGAUGCCCCAGGAGUACAUCGACUGGACCGUGCCCGAGGGUGGUGGUGGCCCCGCCUACGAGGUCAUGUAA